AUGGGCCGCAUGUACUCCAAGGGCAAGGGCAUCUCCGCCUCCGCGCUCCCCUACUCGCGCGCUCCCCCCUCGUGGCUCAAGACCACCCCCGAGGAGGUCGCCGACCAGAUCUUCAAGCUCGCCCGUCGCGGUCUCUCCCCCUCGCAGAUCGGUGUUGUCCUCCGUGACUCGCAGGGUAUCCCCCAGGUCAAGACCGUCACCGGCAACAAGAUCCUCCGUAUCCUUAAGACCAACGCUUUUCUUGUCGGGACGAUAGCUGACAGUCCAGGCCUUGCCCCCACCAUCCCCGAGGACCUCUACCACCUCGUCAAGAAGGCCGUCUCGGUCCGCAAGCACCUCGAGCGCAACCGCGGUGACAAGGACGCCAAGUUCCGCAUGAUUCUCAUCGAGUCGCGUAUUCACCGUCUUGCCCGCUACUACAUCAAGAAGCAGCAGCUCCCUCCUACCUUCAAGUACGAGGCCGCCACUGCCUCGACCCUCGUCGCCUAA